AUGACAGAAGAGGAAAAGGCUGAACAACUGCGAAUCGAGCAAGAAGAAGCUGCCAAAGCCGUCAAGAAGAAGGUGAUCAAAGACGGGCACAGUGAAAAGGCUGCCCCAGUACUCAUACCACAAAGGGUUGUCCCUGCAGAAGAAAUGGUGCCUCUUGAUGAGAGUGGGGUGAUUCCAGAGGAGGAAAUCUGUGAGUUGGAGCCAAAACCAUGUGAAGAAGAGAAGGGAACGCCUGAAGUGAUUGUCGUACCUACGUAUGUACGGCCAUUGACUGAAAAAGUUGAAGAGGAAUCGGCGAGUCGUUUCGCUGACAAAAAGGUGCCGACCGAUUUCGCUCAUAAACAUGUCAUUCAACCUCCUAAGCUACAAACUGCUGCUGUACAGAAAGUUGAAACGAAGAUCGCACCAGUAAAGCCUCCAGAGCCUCCUGCAAGUCAAAAAGUUGCUCAAAAAGAGCCGUCCAAGGAGGUCAAGGAAAAAGCCGAAACAAAAGAACCGGCUAAGAAGGCCGAGGAAGCCAAAGUGCAGGAAUCCGCCAAGAAGAAUGAAUCCGCAACAAAGGUGGCUCCGGCCAGCACAGCUGGAGUGAAACCGUCCCAGGAUAUCAAAUCGAAAGUGGAACCUGCGAAAGCUAAGGAAACGCCUUCGGACGACACCAAAACAAAGAUGGUCACAGACAAGAGUGGAACUCGUAAAUCCGCUCUCAACAUGACGGAUGAGGAUGCCAAGAAAAAAGCCGCUGCCGAUGAGAUGGAGGAGAUCCGUGCGCAGAUGAAGAGUGGAUCAUCACAGUUUGAAAGCCAUCUCAAAGAUCUCGCAAAAGGAAUUACGGUCAGCGCUGAAGAUAUGAAAAAGCGUACGGAAGACGAAAAGAAAAAGAUGAUUAUUGAUUCCGUCAGUGGAGCGUUCAGCAAGGCUGAUGAGGAAAAAGCCCGAUGGAACAAGCGAAGAGAAGAAGAAACAGAGAAAGAGCUGGCAAAAAUAGAAGCUGACAAAAAUCUGAAAAAGAAAGUGGUGCCGAAAACGAAAGUGGUAAGGAUUUUAUUAACUCAAUAA